UUCCUACGCCUCAAAUGUAAAUCCUUUAAAUUUAAAGCCCUUAACUUCCUUAUUCCAUAUCUCAUACUUAAUUUGCACACCAACCCUAUCAAUACCUAUAGCAAUAGCAAUAGCAAUAGCAAUAGCAAUAGCAAUGCUUAAAAACCAACAAGAUUGGCCGGAGCCAGUUGUCCGGGUUCAGUCCUUAUCCGAAACUUGCAUAGAUUCAAUCCCCCAAAACUAUAUCAAGCCUUCUUCUCAUAGGCCUUCCAUAAGCCCUACAAGUUUUGAUGAUGCCAAUUGCAACAUCCCAAUCAUCGACCUCGGAGGCCUGUGGGGUGCCGACCAACAUGUCACCGCCUCCAUCCUCACCCAAAUCUCUGAGGCUUGCAAAGACUGGGGGUUUUUCCAAAUCACAAACCACGGUGUGAGCCCCGAUUUGAUGGACAAGGCCAGGGAAACUUGGCGCCAAUUCUUUCACUUGCCCAUGGACGUCAAGCAGCAAUAUGCCAACUCCCCCAAAACUUAUGAAGGCUAUGGAAGCAGACUUGGAGUUGAGAAAGGUGCUAUUCUUGAUUGGAGUGACUACUACUACCUUCACUAUCUUCCCUUGUCCCUCAAGGACCAUAACAAAUGGCCUUCCUUGCCUCCCUCAUGCAGGGAAGUCAUUGAGGAGUACGGGAGAGAGUUGGUGAAGCUAUGUCGCAGGUUGCUCAGGCUUUUCUCCAUAAACCUUGGAUUAGAUGAGAAAAGCCUUGAAAAUGGUUUCGGAGGGGAAGACAUAGGGGCGUGUCUAAGGGUUAAUUUUUACCCUAGCUGUCCACGCCCAGACCUCACUCUCGGUCUCUCAUCCCACUCAGACCCCGGAGGAAUGACCAUGUUGCUACCGGACGAUCAAGUUCCCGGUCUCCAAGUCAGGAAGUGCCAUGAUUGGAUCACCGUCAAGCCUCAACGCCAUGCUUUCAUCGUCAAUAUCGGUGACCAAAUUCAGGUUCUAAGCAAUGCAAUGUACAAGAGCGUGGAACACAGAGUGAUCGUAAAUUCAGAUAAAGAGAGAGUCUCUCUGGCCUUUUUCUACAACCCCAAAAGUGACAUACCCAUAGAGCCAAUAAAAGAGUUGGUAACAGAGGACAUGCCUGCACUCUACCCACCCAUGACCUUCGAUGAAUACAGGCUCUUCAUCAGAACGAGAGGACCUCGUGGCAAAUCUCAAGUUGAAUCUUUAAAGUCUCCAACAUGAUCAUCAAUCUUCUCAUAUAUAGGAUCUUAUCGCAUUUUACCCAGUAUAAUUAAUUAAUUAAUUAAUUGUAAAUCUCGUAAUCAGAUCGGGACUUGUUUGCACAUUGAGCAACGUAUCUAGAUUAUAUAAGGAUCCAUAUAUGUAUAAUUAAAUAGAGAUUGGAUAUUUAGAUAUGUAAUUGUUUGAAAGAAGAUGUUUUAUAUGCUUUGCUAUGUAACGAUGCUUAAAUUUUGUUGACCAUCAAGAUUAAGAUUUUUCCUAGGUGUGUGUAAAUAAAAAUUGGGUUUUGUCC